AGCGCGCGCGAUCCAGGGUCUACGUGGGCGCGCGGGGGGGCGCGCGUUCCCUGGCUUGCAGGACUUCGGGCCGAGCCCCCGGCCGGCAGGGAUGGCGCCUCCGCCGCCUUCGCCCCAGCUGCUGCUCCUGGCAGCCCUUGCGGGGCUCCUAGGUCCCAGUGAGGUGGUAGCUGAGCCGGAGGAGGAAGCGGGGGCCAGUUGUCCCGAGGGUCCGUGGCCUCUGCCUCCACAGGUGUCACCAAGAGUGACCUACACACGGAUGAGCCCAUGGCAGGCUGAGGAUGUCCGCUUCCUCUACCACCCCUGUACCCACCCUUGGCUGAAGCUCCAGCUUGCCCUCCUGGCCCACGUUUGUGUGGCCCAGCCCUCACUGGCCCCGGACUCCAGCCUCACUCAGGAGCGGCCCUUGGUGCUGGCAGCGUGGGGGGUGGUGCUGGAGCUGGCACGGAUAGAGCCAGCCUGGGCUGCCCACUGGCUGAAGAGGAGGCGGCGGCGGCGGAGGCUGAGGAAGAAGGCAUGGUUCUGCUCUGGCAGCCUUUCUGGGUCCUCUCCCUUGGUGCCAAGGCCAGGUAGAGGGAGGCUGUGCUGGAGAGGGUGUCUGCAGGCUCCGGCUUUGGCUUUUACCCUGCGGAGCUGGCGACCCCCCGGUGCAGAGGAGGCGGCUAGAGGGUCCAGGCACCUCUCUCCUGGUGGUGCCAAGAGGCGUGGGCUGCGGGCCGCUCUUGGCCUCCAGCCCACGCCUUCAGCCCUGAGGUUCCCCCCUGCCUCGCCAAGGAGCUUGGAGGCCAAGCAGCCCGUGCUGGCAGCCCGGGGUGAGGGGGGUGAUGCCCCCUCUGGGCCCACUCUCCCCUUGUUGCGUGAGGGGGCUGGAGGCAAUGCCAGCUCUAGGAUCCGGGCCCAGGUGCCCAAAGGGCAGAGCAGCCCAGGGGGCUGUACCUGUCCAAAUGAGGCUUCCCCAGCCCCUCGGGCAGCAGCGCCCCCGCGGGUAGCCCGGGGCCCCACCCCGCGCACGGAGGAGGCUGCUUGGGCUGCCAUGGCCCUGACAUUCCUGUUAGUGCUGCUCACUCUGGCCACGCUCUGCACGCGGCUGCACCGAAACUUCCGCCGCGGGGAGAGCAUCUACUGGGAGCCCACAGCGGACAGCCAGGACACGGUGGCUGCUGUGCUGAAGCGCAGGCUGCUGCCGCUCCCGCGCCGGCCCAAGCGUUCCCGCCGGAGACCCCUCCUCCCGCCCACGCCGGACAGCGGCCCAGAUGGGGACAGCUCCGACUGACCCGACCCCAGCCCUGCCACUUUGGCCGGUUUGGUUUCUCCGCCCCGGGGGAGGCCGCGACCUCUGCCACGUGGACCCUGCGCAGGACCGCCCCCAGGUGGCCAGAUGGAGCAUUCCUGCCUAAGCAUUGCAAAGGGGCUUGUCCUUAAGGUGUGGUUUGCUGCGGGGGCGGGAGUGGGUGGGAGGAAGGAAAUGGGCCAUUUCAGCCUUCCUUGCCUGUGUUUCUAAUUAAAUUAUUUUAGUAGAGUC